AUGUGCUAUCCAAAGGUAGUGAUUUGGAAUGACUAUCCUUACAAAUUUCCCAAUACAUCACUAGCAAUUUUAUCAAAAUUGAAUUGGAAUACUGUUAUUGUUAGAAAUUUAACCGAUUCUGUCAUUAUUACGAAUAGUAUUGUUGGGAAUGGAGAAUUAUUUAAUUGUUAUAUUGCAACAAAUUCUACACCAACAACAUCUUAUUUUGUCUCCAUAAAUAAGAAUGUUGAUUCUGGAAAGGAAUUAUUGGAAAAGAUCAACUCUCCCACAAGUAUUCUAAUUUCAAUGGCAAUAUUCGGAUGUUUCAUUAUCACAAGCUUGAGUUUAAUGAUUUUCAUUCCGAUAGUUACUUUUAAAAUUAAAGCUUGGUUAAAGAAGGACCAGGGCUUUAGAAGGGAAGUAGUAUUUGUGGAUGGCCAAUACCUAUCCAAGGAUGGUGCAAAGUUGGAUGAUAAUCAUUAUAUUUAUGUCUGA